AUGCAAUCCUCAGAGGAAGCACACGAGCUUCUUGUCCCUGAUGACGAGUGGGAGGACUCUCUCCUUCCCCAGCAGGUUCUACCGGUGCCCAGUACGAGCGCUGCCUCAGACGUCUUCUGUGACGCAUCAGAAGUCGUUGCCGCAGCUGCUAGUGCAGUGGAUGCAUGCGAAGAUGGUGAAUCCACCGGAGAGUUGCUACAGCCGCUUGCGGAGGCCUACUUACUUGCUGUUCGGAACGAAGCCCGUCGCUUGCCAAAGAUUGUUUGCGCCUCAAACAUUGGUCGAAACGCUCCCUCGACAGGAAGUGUGGAGACCACCUCCACGAGCUCUUUGGGAACGGACCGUCGCCUUCAGCAUUCGAGCAAGUCACAACAGAAGGCAUCCCCACCUCUAUCACAUGUGUCAGACAAUGGGGUUUUCCGUAGGACUGCCGGCCAGUUAACGUGUCAGGGCCCUGGCAUCGAUGACAUCUCGUCUUGUCGACAGCCGCGCAGUGAAGGGAAUCAUACAGCUACAUGCAGUUCUGUCAGAGAUCGUGGUAGAGUUGUGGAUGACAGAGAUGGAACCACAGCGGUAGCGCACCAGCUGGCUGAUGAACAAGGCUAUUAUUCGGGGACGCCAACGCUGCCUGCAGGGGAGUCGGGUGAGUCCUCUAGUCUGCCACGAGAGUAUCGGACAUCUGGUGGUAAGAUCACCAAACGCCGUGCUCCAAAUGAAGGGUCGUUCGAGGCAGACGCGCCAACCACUGAUGACGGCUCAGAAGACAUGGACGCUGGUGGCAAGUCGUAUGUACAGAAACUCCUCGUUCUUGAGAAGAGACGGAGUGCUGCCAAGUUUUCCGGGACCGCUCCGUCACCCGAAUGGCGAAGGAAGUCGCUCUCGAAUUUCAGGGAGCUGCGCGACCGUCUCUCCCACGAGCAGGCGGCAGCUGUCCAAGCAGGUUUAUCACAGCAUACCAGUGGCGACUAUCGAAACUGGAGCGAAACGGAAUGGCGGUUGUAUUGUCGAUGCUAUCCACCCUCAUCUGCUGUCCUGGCUGCAUGUGACAAUGUCACACUCUGUCGGCUUCUCUCUUUGUUGAAUGAAGAUAUAUCUUUGCAACGCCGCACAAUUAUUCGGCAUCAAUGUAAGACAUCGGCUGGUAAAAAGGAUACAGCUGCGACUCUCCCUCAACCGGAGGCGGGCCCGAGCCAGGAAGCACGUUGCUCGUGCUGCCGCGUUGCAUCUGGUCAUGUGACAUUACAGCAAGCAUGCUGGUUAUUUGGUAUUUUUCUAUUUUUGGAUGAACUACAGGUGAGUUGA